GGCGGCCCAGGCGCGCGCUGGGAGCACCGGCCAAGACUUUGUGUGCUGAGAGCCAAAGCGUCAGUCGUCACUUGUUCCGCUCGCUGGAGCUCCUCCAACUCCACCACGGCACACUAGAUCACCACCAUCACAAGUUGUCGCCUGCUACAGCAACGAGUCGACGAAGCGCGCAAGCCGAGUAAUUCUACGCGAUACAUGUCAGAUUCUCGAUCACAAUAAGCAGCAGGCAGCACUACACAUUUCCAUCGAUCACGAGUUAUCUACGCCCGCGCAACAAACACCUUUGAUCCCGGCAGGCCCGCGACACACUUGGACUCUACCUAGCCUGACACAUCCAACGAUCCUCCGAGUUGCCGGCGCAAACGACACUCAUACCCAGCCUUUACCCAAAAUCACAUACGCCUUCGCAGUUCGAGAUUCCGACUUAGUCACCCAAGAUGGCAGCAGGACUCAAGACCAUCAUCGCGCUCUCCUUCGUCUUGGCGGUGGGCUUCCUCCUCGUCAUUUUGUCCUGCGCACUAUGGAAGGCAUACUACCCGCUGCUGGUGGUGGCCACCUACGUGUUGGCGCCCAUACCCAACUGGAUCUGCAGCCAUUGCGCCAACCCGGACGACUUUGUUGAGAGCUCGGGCGCUGCGGUGCUGGAUCUGGGUCGCUUCUGCACUGGUUUCUUGGUCAUGAUGGGGCUUGCUCUUCCAGUGGUUCUCGCAAACUCGGCUAUUAUCACGGUCCCGGCCAUGAUCAUGUCCGUUAUCGGUGGCCUGUUGAUCUAUGGCACUAUUAUCAGCUUCGCCAUGUUCUUCCAGGAGGAGCAAGACUUUUGACUAGCCGACCAAUGAUGGCGACAACGACAGAAUGCAUCGGAGUCCGAGAGACACAACAAUGACACAGAACUACAAAGGAGCAGGGAGUUUCGGAGAGCGGCUGGGUGCGGAACCGAUUUACACAUGGUGGGAGGCUAUGACUGUACAACCGCCGGGACUUGAGCCGGGGAGGGGCCAUGGGAUAUGAUCAAUGGGUAUUUGGUAAAGUGGCAGGCACUGGUUGAUGAAGGGCAUUUGGGCUGGGUUGGAUUUGGAUGAUUAUGAGACAGUUAUGAGGUUAUUUUAUUUUAUGAACAUUUAU